AUGGAAACGAAAAAAGUUCACCUGCUGCUCCAACCAAGUCUGCAUGAGAAGCUAUCAAAGUCUUCGUUGGUACCAACCAGUCUGCGCGAAAAGCCAUUAAGAAGUCUGCGCGAAAAGCCACGAAGAAGUCUGCACGAAGAGCCUCCAAGAAGUCUGCGCGAGGAGCUGGAAAAACGUCUACGCGCGGAGUCACCAAGAAGUCUGCGUGUGGAGCCACCAAGAAGUCUGCGACUCUGCGUGUGGAGUCACCAAAAAGUUUCCCUUAAGAACGUGGCUAACGAAAAAAUUUGCAAGCAUAACUCCAUGUCUACGAGAAGCUUCGUACUGUCGCUGCUGGUGGUGGCGGUGAUGGUGGCCAGUCACUGCUCUGCGCUGCCUGCUGUCAUCCGUAUAGGCGCGAUCUUCACCGAAGAGCAGCGCGACUCCAGCACGGAGCUGGCAUUCAAGUACGCAGUGUACCGCAUCAACAAUGACAAGGCCAUCCUACCCAACACGACGCUCGUGUACGACAUCCAGUACGUGCCUGCCGACGACUCCUUCCAUACCGCAAAGAAAGCAUGCAAACAGAUAAGCUUCGGAGUGCAGGCGAUGUUUGGACCCUUUGACCCCGUGCUGGGGUCUCACAUCCAGUCCAUCACCGACGCCCUCGACAUCCCGCACCUCGAGAGCAGACUGGACCUCGAGCCUCAGGAGAAGGAGUUCAGCAUCAACCUUUUCCCGUCACACGUCUUCCUAAACCAGGCCUACAAAGACAUGAUCAAGUUCCUCAAGUGGCAGCGCAUUGCCAUCGUCUACGAGGAGGAUAUCGGCUUGAUGAAACUGCAGGAGAUCAUUCGGUCUCCUCCGAACAAGAACGUCGAGGUUUACAUCAGGCAAGGAACUCCGGAGACCUACAGGGACAUCCUGAAGGAGGUCAAGCACAAGCAGAUCUACAGCAUCAUCGUCGAUACCGUGCCAGAGAACAUGCAUCUCUUCCUUAGAUGUCUGCUGCAGCUGCAGAUGAACGACUAUCGGUAUCACUAUCUCUUCACUACUUUUGACAUAGAAACGUUUGACUUGGAAGACUUCAAGUACAACUACGUGAACAUGACUACAUUGAACAGGGACAUAGAAACGUUUGACUUGGAAGACUUCAAGUACAACUACGUGAACAUGACUGCGUUCCGCAUCGUGGACUCGGACAGCGUCGGUGUCAAGGAGACGCUGCGUGGCAUGGAGAGCUUCCAGCCUGUCGGCCACCCGAUCCUUAAUAAGAGUUCAGUCAUCAAGGUGGAGUACGAUGGUGUUACAGGACCUAUCAAGUUUAUGGAGGGUAAAAGAAGCCAUUUCAAGCUGGAUGUCCUCAAACUGAGAUGUGAAGAAGUCCGUAAGGUUGGUCAAUGGACGCCAGAAUAUGGCAUCAACAUCACAGAUCGACAAGCCUUCUUCGAGGGCGGUAAACCUAACAUCACACUCAAGGUCAUCACAGUCGAGGAGAAACCAUACUUCAUGAUCAACCGCGACGUACCGCCCGGUUCGCCGCUACGCUAUUACGGAUUUUGCGUCGACCUGCUCGCUAAACUCUCAAAAAUGGCAGACUUUGAUUUCGAAAUUGAAGCGAACCACGGCCGAUAUGGAAGUUUGAACGAAACCACAGGAGAGUGGGAUGGGCUCGUCAGAAUGAUCAUGGAUAAGGAAGCGCCUUUUGUGAUGAUAAAAGGGGACGGCAACUUGACAGGCAACAACAGGUAUGAAGGAUUCUGCGUGGACCUCCUGAAGAGGAUCUCGUUCAUGGUAGGAUUCCAGUACGAGAUCGAAAUAUCGGAGGAGGGCGUGUAUGGCGUCAUCGACAUGAAGACCGGCGAGUGGAACGGUCUCGUCAGGGGGCUUAUGGACCGGAAAGCAGACCUGGCCGUGGGCUCCAUGACCAUCAACUACGCGCGUGAGAGCGUCAUCGACUUCACUAAACCCUUCAUGAACCUCGGCAUCUCUAUCCUCUUCAAGGUCCCCUCUCGCCAACCAACCCGUCUCUUCUCAUUCAUGAACCCGUUAGCCGUUGAAAUUUGGCUGUACGUGCUUGCGGCGUACGUUCUCGUAUCUUUUACGAUGUUCGUAAUGGCGCGGUUCAGUCCCUACGAAUGGGGUGACCCUCACCCGUGUCACGACGAACCCGUUACCGUCGAGAACCAGUUCAAUCUCAAUAACACUUUCUGGUUCAUUACCGGUACACUUCUCCGGCAAGGCUCCGGUUUGAACCCGAAGGUGCCUGAGCGCAUGCCGACGCGCUUGUUUAGCUUCAUGAAUCCACUGGCUAUCGAGAUCUGGCUAUACAUCUUGGCUGCGUACAUUGCCGUGUCCGUUACGAUUUUUGUGGUGGCUCGCUUCAGUCCCUUUGAGUGGCAAAUGCCACAUCCUUGCGCCACCAAGAGGGAGACUCUUUCUAAUGACUUCACUCUCGCGAACUCCUUUUGGUUCACCAUCGGAACGCUAAUGCAGCAAGGAUCUGACCUCAACCCUAAGGCAGCGAGCACGAGAAUCGUAGGCGGCAUCUGGUGGUUCUUCACGCUCAUCAUCAUCUCCUCGUACACCGCCAACCUCGCCGCCUUCUUAACCGUCGAGCGCAUGAUUACGCCUAUAGAAAGUGCAGAAGAUCUGGCCGAGCAAAACGAGAUCGAGUAUGGCACUUUAGAAGGCGGAUCGACAAUGGCUUUCUUCAGGGAUUCCAAAAUCGAGACGUACCAGAAAAUGUGGCGCUUCAUGGAGAGCAGAAAACCCAGCGUGUUCGUGCCUACAAUUGAAGACGGUGUUGAAAGGGUACUGAACGGCAACUAUGCAUUCCUGAUGGAGUCAACCAUGCUGGAUUACACGAUCCAGCGCAACUGCAACCUAACGCAGAUCGGGGGUCUACUCAACUCCAACUCAUAUGGCAUCGCGACCCCAAUGGGAUCUCCAUGGAGGGACAAGAUCUCGCUGGCAAUCCUGGAGCUGCAGGAGAAGGGCGUGAUCCAGAUGCUGUACAGCAAGUGGUGGCGCAAUACCGGCGAUGUCUGCAACCGCGACGACAAGACGAAAGACAGCAAAGCAAACGCUUUGGGCGUCGAAAAUAUCGGUGGAGUCUUCGUGGUCCUUCUGUGCGGUUUAGCCCUCGCCAUCGUCGUCGCCAUCUUGGAAUUCUGCUGGAAUUCGCGAAAAAAUGCCCAUUCCGAACGACAGAGCCUGUGUCUGGAGAUGGCAGACGAGCUACGCUUCGCUCUGGCGUGCCGAGGGUCAAAACAGCGACCUGCGCUACGUCGCUCCUGCACCAAAUGCAACAUGACGACCACGACACACGUCCCUGCAACACGUGACGUGACCACCGCCGUGGCCUCUGGUGCCGAGACCACUGCCACGCAUAGCGUCCUCAGUGACGACACCGUCAGUAAUGACAACAACCAAGACAGUAGCCUAUCUGGAGUGCCUGUCUACGACCAUCACAACAGUCUUCAGCUCGCCUUCUACCAACAGCAGCAGCAGCAACAGUCUGGAGCAGAGUUUGCUGCUAACGGCGUUCCUACUUCUCCUCCUCAGGGCCAAGAGCUUCACCAUCGGCAGCAAUGUUCUCUGCUCCACUUGGAUCGCCCCUGUUGAUGUCACUUCAGCGUAGCUACGAGAAAUUUAUUCGACCGUAUUUUUGCCGAUUCUUAAUGAUUUAAAUCGGCUGCCAUCUGAUAAAAAUAGAAUCACUUUACAUUCACGACUAAUUUGAGGCAUUCAUGACUUAUGCUCUGAAUAAUUCACAUUUUCUCUUUCCUGCCUCAACUUGGCUGCCCAAAUCCCCUAGAUUACCUUUUUGAAAAAUAAGCUGCUUCGUACAGGUUCAGCGGCGUGGCUGGUAAUUUCUGUUUACGUUCUGGUGAACUUUAGUGAAAAUGUAAUUUUCCCUGCCAAUGGCAUUUUUGUGAGUCUUUUUAAUAAAUUUAUGGAAAUACUGUGAACAAACCAUUACACACCAUUGAGACGUGCAGUGGGAACGUAAUUUAAGGCUUCCAGAAGUUCUGUUAAUUUUUGUUAAUGACCUGUAAACCUUUGGAUUUCUUAAACAUUUUCAAAACAAUUUUUUAGUUCAUGUUUUACUUUAAAAGCGGCUUUUUACCUUGAAUAAUUCUUGAUGAUAUUUGACUACGUCUUUGAAUUUGGUUGGUGAGCAUCUAAAAGUAUUGAAAAAGUGCAGAUAAAUUAAAUUUAUAUUGAAACCUAUAUAUUGUUGUGAACAUUUUCCGGUCUUGAAUCGUGAUUCUGUCUCAUUUCAGGCACAAUACGAUCUAUCAAUGUCGAACCUCUCUCUCUCUCUCUCUCUCUCUCUCUCU